CGGGAGGAUUUUGGCUCACCUCCCGCCGCUCCACCCCCUAUUUAGCCCCUCCCUCACCGCCCCAACUCCCGCCACCAUUCUUCCUCCGUUCGCGCUUUCCCGUCGACGCGCAUCGGCACCGACGAGCAGGUAAGCGGCGCAUCUUCAUCGGCCGGCUGUCCACGGCGUCGGAGCUCCUUCACCGACCGGCGUUCAUCUUCCACCACCGUCCCCCCUCGUCCUCAAGCUGCAGCCAUGGCCUCUGACAUGACCACGCAGACGCAAGAUCUUAGUCAGGCUCUUGUCGUGUCCGACAACCAGUUUGCUCCAUCGUUUGUGGAGGACUCGCAGCCUAUGUCCGAGAUGGCACCUGAUUCAGAGGUGUUCGAGUCUGAUUCCCUCUAUGUGCCAGUAGUGCUCGUUGAGCCAACUACUGCAGCUGCUGCCGCUGCACUCAAGCUAGCAGCAGCAAAGGCAAAGAAGGAUAGUAGGUCAAACAACAUGAAGUGGCAGCCGUUCAUGUCCACGUUCGUGCUGAACAAGAUGUGUGAGCUCAUCUCUAGUGGAGUUAGGACUGACAAGGGUUUCAAGGAGGUGCACUUGAACACCGUUGCGAAGCAGGUGUUCGAGUUCUGUGGGCAAGAGGUGUCUGCCACCCAGGUGUACAACCACCUGAGGAAGUGGAGAAGUCGAUGGAUCCAAAUGUCCAAGCUGAGAGACCUUAGCGGCGCCUCAUGGGAUGAGAACACUUGCUCCAUAGUUCUGGAGGCAGAGCACUACGCCAGCCAUGUCGCGGAUCACCCAAGGGACGCUGAGUUCCUCAACACACCUAUCCAGAACUAUAACCAGAUGCAGCACAUCUUCUCCUUCGGGCUGGCAACUGGGAAGCAUGCCAUGGGCUCGGGGGAGCCUCUUGGUUCUCCCAUGCCUGACUUCCCUGGGACCCCGGACGUCGAGAUCCUUGAUGGCCCUGACGGCGAUGGUGGUGGCGACGACGACGACGAUGACGAUGACGACGUACAUUUUGUGUAGCUAGGGCUCAAAAACUAUUUGAUGGUCUGUAUAUUUUGGUGAGGUGGUAUAUACUAACCCCUCACGGUGACGAUGAACUUGCGGUGGUAGGACGACACCCUCUUUUGGAUGUGGUGGUAGGUUAACACCAAGGUAGUGCUAGGAAGAACUUGUUAUGUCGUAUGAUCAUGCAUGCUUUACUUCUCUUCUGCUCCAUUGUUGUUUGUGUGCUACUUUGCUUGCUACUUGUGCUCCAUUGAUUUGCUGCUUCAACUCUUGCUCUUGUGCAUUGCUAGGGCAAGUGGUAUGCCGUGUUCAUUGGUGAGGUUUCAGGGGUUUAUAGUUCGAAGCCAAUGCACAAGUGGCAUCGUAUAGCAACAGCAACUAUAGAGGGUUCAAGACUAAGCAGGCAGCAGAACAAGCUUACUCCGCCUGGGUGCGAAAGCACGGAGGCAGCAGUGUCGACAGUGCCAAGGUUGGAGCUGUCAAAGUGGAAGCUGCUAAGGUGGAUCGUCAGUUUGGCCUGAAGCUGAAGAACUUCAUCAUCUUCGCCCAGUUCGUCACCAUUGCUGUGUUGUGGCGUAGGUGUGCUAGGUGUGAUCAUUGUGGGCAAGCUCACCAACUAGGGUACAAGGUAAGCACAACAUGUACGCCGUAUGCAACCAAAUGCCGUGUUCAUGUGCCGCUAGGGCCAAUGCAGCCAACCAAACAAAGUGCACUUGCGUAUUACUAGAUGCAGGGACUAGGGAUGCAGGCAACCAAUCAAGUUGCAGAUGACGUAUUAGGGUCUGUUUUUGCUCAACCAGGCUGAGUUGAGAAAUACAUACGAUGCAGAAACUGUUCACAACGGCAACCAAACACGCCCCAAAGUUUUUCACUGUAUAAACUUUCCGAGCGAGUGGCUGUAAUAUUCUACUCCAGUAAAGAAAAAAAGAGUACGUAGAAUUCUAGAAGAAGCUGCACGCUGCAGCUCCCGGUCAGAGAGACGCCACCACCACCACGGCUACUCCAAGUCUCCAACUGUUGCAAGACGACCCGUCAGAGAAACUGUUGCCGAUGCUACAGUUCUAGAU